UUCUUUUCCAUAGAUGCUAAGUGGUGACUUCUGGAUGAGAUGUUUACAGUUGCUUUCUUUGGUUUGUCUCUGAUGGCAUGGCACUCCGGGGUAACUGCACAAGAGAAGGUGAACCAGCGGGUCACCCGAGCUGUGACCCCAGGAGCGGUUGCCUGUCAGUUGAGUGACUGGUCAGAAUGGACAGAUUGUUUUCCAUGUCAGAACGAAAAGUACCGAUACCGGAGCCUCUUGCAGCCAAGCAAGUUUGGAGGAACCAUCUGCAGUGGUGAUAUAUGGGAUAAGGCCAACUGUGACAGCCCCACACCUUGUCUAAGGCAAGCACAGUGUGGACAGGAUUUCCAGUGUAGAGAGACAGGUCGCUGCCUGAAACGCCACCUGGUAUGCAAUGGAGAUCAGGACUGCCUUGAUGGCUCUGAUGAGGAUAACUGUGAUGAUGCCAGGGUCAUUGAAGAUGAUUGCCGUCAGUAUGAACCAAUCCCAGGAUCAGAAAGGGCAGCCUUGGGGUACAAUAUCCUGACUCAAGAAGAAGGCCAGAGUGUGUAUGAUGCUAAGUAUUAUGGAGGCCAGUGUGAAACUGUGUACAAUGGAGACUGGAGAAGGCUGCAGUACGACCCCACCUGUGAGCGCCUCUACUAUGGGGAGGAUGAGAAAUACUUCCGGAAGCCCUACAACUUCCUUAAGUACCACUUUGAAGCCCUGGCGGAUACUUUAAUCUCUUCAGAGUUUUAUGAUGAUGCAAAUGACCUUUUUUCUAAGAUACAGAGGGACAAAUCCCAGUCAAAUAGUGUAACAUUUGGCAUAAGCCCAGCAAAAAGUCCUAUCACACUAGACGCGUCCGUAUCCUGGUCCGAUGAAUCUUCCUUCAUGAAGGAGUUAAGCAAGUAUAAUGAGAAGAAAUAUAGCUUCAUGAGAGUGUCCACGAAGGUACAGACGGCACAUUUUAAGAUGAGGAGGCACAAUAUUGUGCUGGAUGAAGGGAUGAUGGAGUCACUGAUGGAGCUCCCAGAGCAGUUUAACUACGGCAUGUACUCCAAGUUCAUCAAUGACUAUGGCACCCACUACAUCACCUCUGGAACCAUGGGUGGCAUUUACGAAUAUGUUCUGGUGCUUGACAAAGAGAAAAUGAGAAUUCAUGGCAUUACUGUGGAAGAUGUCAAAAAAUGCAUCGGAGGUGGCGUUGGCCUGCAGUUUGGAGAGAAAAUAAUUGGUGAAGGAGAUUUAUCAGGAGAGUCUUGUGUCAUGACUGGAGAUGGCAACCAGGACAAAAGGAAGAAGGACUUGGCAGUGGAGGACAUCAUUUCUCGGGUACAAGGUGGAAGUUCUCGCUGGAGCACUGGCUUGGCACACAACAGCAGUGCUAUUACAUACCGGUCUUGGGGGAGAUCAUUAAAGUAUAACCCUGUUGUUAUCGAUUUUGAGAUGCAGCCCAUCUAUCAGCUACUGCAGCACACAAACCUGGGGCCUCUGGAGACUAAACGUCGGAACCUGCGCAGGGCUUUGGACCAGUACCUGAUGGAAUUUAAUGCCUGCCGCUGUGGGCCCUGCUUCAACAAUGGGGUACCCAUACUCGAGGGCACCAGCUGCUCGUGUCAAUGUAGCAUGGGCCGGCAGGGCCCUGCCUGUGAGAGCAUGGUAUUGGAAGCGAUGGAGGGAGCCAAAGCUGAUGGUCGUUGGAGCUGCUGGAGUUCCUGGUCAGAGUGUAGAGGAGGGUCCCGGGAGAGGAGGAGACAGUGCAACAAUCCAGCACCCCAGAAUGGAGGUGCCCCAUGCCUAGGGAAGAGCCUGCAGACCCAGGCCUGCUGAGUAGCUCUGGAGGCAGACUUGGAAGGAAGCUGUAGAUGCUGCUGCCUGUCCUGGCUGCUGGUUAGGACUGAUUGCUGCUCUGAGUAAAUGCAAACCCACGAAGGCUGUUCCCUUCACACACUCAUUUUUUUUUCUAGUACCAACCUCAUAAUCUUUAGCCUCUACCAAUAACCUGGCUCUAGGUUGCCUCCUUGUCCCAGAGGGUCGCUACCCUUUACAUCUCAGAACCACCUCCCUAUCUUAUUCCAUUCAGGAUGCUCAAUAAUAAACUGGGUGUGGUUUAGACACAUCAGAAAUAAUUCCUCACAAUUCUGGAGGCAUAAACUGCAAGAUGAAGGUUCCAGCAGGUCUAGGGUCUGGAGAGGCUGUGUUCUAUUUUAUAUAUGUCCUUUCAUUGGGUUAUUACAUGGCAGAGGGGUAGCAAGUCUCUAGGUCCUCUUUAGUAAGGACACCAGUCCUACUCAUGAGAAUGUUGCCUUUAUGACUUCAUCAUCUCCCGAAGUCCAGCCUCCUCUUUUGACACUGGGUGUAGGUCUUCCAUGUGGAGAACUUAGAGAGACCUCAACAUUCAGACCCCAGAAUAUCUUUUGUUACUCUCUCUCAGUAAGCAAUCAUAUUUGAAGGCAUCAUAUUUGAAGGCAGAAACUGGGCCAGUUUUAUUCAGCAUAGCGUCUUUAGAUGCGAAGGCUAUGCAUUGCAGACUGUAGGGGAUCUCAUCAGCAAUGGUUGCUGGACAAGCAGACAGAUCAAGAGUCAGUUCAUGGGUGAGGUCUGUACUGGUCAGUCUUGCAGAGCUGUGGGUGGACUUGGAAGGGUCAAUCAGUAAAGAUCAACAUCCAUUCUCUGAUCUUCUCAAGAAGAGCCAGUCACAGCAGCCAGCCUAGUGUUCCUACAUACUCUAAACCAUGUGCAUGUUCAGCAUUGACUUAAUUGGGGUUUCUCCUGCCAUGAGAAAACAUCAUGAGUAAAAGCAACUGGGGCAAAAAGGGUUAACUUCAGCUUGCAUGCCCCACUCGCAGUCUAUCAUGAAAAGAAGUCAGAGCAGGAACUCAAGUCAGGAACCUGGUGGCAGGAACUGAAGCAGAGAUCAUAGAGGGGUGCUGCUUACUGACUUCCUCCUCAUAAUUUUCUCUGCCUGUUAGGUAUGGCAACACCCAGAGUGAACUGGGCCCUCCCACAUUAAUCAGUAAUUUUUAAAAAACAGUUCACUACAGACUUGCUCAGAGGCCAGUCUAGUGGGCUCCCUCUACCCCUAACUGAAGUUCCCUCUUCCAAAAUGUGUCAAGUUGAUGAAAAACUAGAUAAAUCAACAACCCAGGCUUACCCUUGGCUUCUCUUUGAAGUUGGUAGACUUUGUAGAUAUGAAGCCUUCAGAAACAGAGGGCAACUGUAUAAAUGAAAAAGAGGAGGAUCUUGGGCUACUGGGAAUAAAUUAUUGACAUCAACAUAUGUAGCAUCCAAGUGAUUGCUGAGGGAGAACAAGUCAAGAGAGUGCAGUCUUCACAUGUUAUAUAUACAUCAGGGGCAGCAAGUGCAGGGUCUAUCUGAUCUGGAUGGACUUUUAACAGAUCAGCAGGGAGGAGACUUUUGAAGAGGAAAUCCAUCUUGAUACAAAGCCAGAUGGUGAGACAGAACAUGGGGACCGGGAACUCGCAGGUGAAUGUGUUGGACAUUGGGGACUGGGAAAAACAGUAACAAAGUCAGGGUGUGUAAGACCCACCUCAGUGCCUGCCACAUGGCAAAUCAUUACCAUCAUUGUUGUUAUUUCCAUUGUGAAAACGUGGUUCAGAAUUUUAUCUAAAUAAACUUGGCUCUUCUAGCUG